CGACGAUGACAGUUGAUCGCGAGAGACAGGACGUCUCGCUUACCUGGCUUCGCGCGAUGACCCGGAGGUCUUGGACGCGACACCGCUUUCCUCCUUCUUCUCCUCCUCCUCCUCGCCCUUCGCGCUGCACAAAAUCCAGCGGAAUGUAGCCGCUUUCUAGCCGAGAACCGUCUGGACUUCGCCCGUCUGGCUUCACGGGAGCCGUUCUUUCCCGGGGAAGAGACAACGACGCACCAUUUAUUGCACGCGCGAUCGCGCGGUUCCCGUUCUCGCGACACUCGCGUAGCCGAGCUAUCGCUCGCGAGGAUCUCUCGGAAAGUCUGCGGCGAAGAUACGCACGGCCAUUUUCGACACCGCUCUCUCACCGACACGCUGCGUUGACUCGUUGACAGUGUGUGCGCGUGCGCGCGCGCGCGCGCGCAGUCUCGUGCGUGUGUGAUGCGGCGAGACGCCGCGCCUGGAAGUGACGUAUCGCAGUGCCGUCACGCAGCUGCGAUGCGGGCCCGUCAGAAUUCUUCUCCGGACGUGGCACGCGCCCCGCCAUCUUGUCCUUCGCCGAUGCGCUUCAGUUUCGCCAACCUUGUGGCAAAAAAAUCACUAGGGAAGAUUCUGAUGACGCGAAAGUUACUGGAAAGUUUGGCCGAUUUUAGUGACUUUCUAGAAAAGUUAUUAGAAAUUUUAGUAACUUUCCUUGAUUGGUCGAUAAUUGGACAACUCGUUCGCGGGAAUUGAAAACUAAUCUUAUACGAAGAAGAAAAUACGGGCUUUAUAUAUAUAUAAUAUAUAUAUAUCUAUCUUAACCUAAAAACGGAUUGAGGACAUUAUUUUUGCUUAUAUCGAAUAUAUAUACCAUGGCCAAGGAACGCGGUGUCAUAAAACUCAUUUGGAAUAAUUUCAUAGCUUCACUGAAACCUCGAUUCGCUCGUCGUAGAUUAGUAGGUGAAGAUUACUAUGGCACAAAGUAUUACGAGGAAGAUAUUAUCAAUUCCAGACACAAACCCCCUCGAUAUUUUGAACCGGUGAACAAAGAAGACUUUGAGCAAGAAAUACCCGCUGAAUGGGAAUCCUGGUUGAGGUAUCGUAGAAGCCCACCUACACAGGAAGAAGUUGAAGCCAAUUAUCAAAUAGCGAUGAAUAAGAAAAAUGCUGCAAAGUUAUUAGAAGAAAAUAAGCCCAAGGAUGAAACUACUAAGGAAUCUACUCUUCCCACUCAAUCAUCCGCUUCUCAGCCUCCUAAUCCAGGAAACUUUCCAGUUUAUGAAGAGUAUAAACAUUUUGGUAACAAUUACACACCAAAAGAUCCAUAUAAAGAUCAUUAAAAUUACAUAAUAUGGAUCUCGUAAAGCUUGUUUAUGUAUAAUGUAU